UGUUCCCCAGUCCCACCUGAUGGCGCCCACUUCUGGUCACUUCUGCUUUGGGGCUUGUGAGUGGGGGGCAUCCUGGCCGGGACGGGAGUUUGGGGUCCCCUUUAUUACCUAUUUUAUCUGCAUAAUGAGGAGAUAACGAAACUUGCUUUAAGUGUCUCCUGCAGCAUUUUAACUCCAGAACUGCAGGGAACGGUUUUUAGUCACUGUUCCACCAUACACAGUAUUAUCUAACGUUACCCACUGUUUGUGAAGGUUUUUCAUACCUGAUAAAUGUCCAUAUUUAUCUGUAGGUGAAAAGGAAUUUGCCUAGCAAGGUUUACAGUUGCAGCGUAUGUCAGGUCACACCUGCACGUACUAGGAGUACGGCAGAGUCGCGGGGAAGGGCUCGGGUUUGUGCUGUGGCUUAGCGUCUCGCUGCCCGCUUUCCUUGUCUGAAGCAGAGGCAGUAACAGGAACGGCCCCCUCACGAUAUUGCAAGGGUUAAAUGAGAAAAUUUAAACUUCCUAGCUUAGGUUAGUAAGCACUUAGCGUGUGCAAGUCCUUGAUAAAGCCAGCCAGCGUCACUACCGAGCAGGGAGUCAGCUAGGAAUGCUCCCAACUGUCCGUGAGGGGAGGCUGGCUUCACAGUAGUGAGGGUCUGUUUCUCUCACAGACCAACGCUCUCAUGUGUUGUGAACCAGGGGGUGUAUAUGAGUAACAUAUACUGUGGGAUUAACUCGAUCAUCUACAUCUGAGUUAAGAGAAAGAAACAGAAAAAAAGGUAAUUCCUACCGAGACAGCCUAAGUAACUUGGGAGGCAGCUAUAGACGCAUAACCAAAAUCUCUUCUGCCCUUCUUCCUUCCUGCCAGCACCCGACUCGGUGCAGGGGGUAACACGCUUGGGUGAGAACACUCGCCUUCCCAGGUAGGGGCGUCCACGUGACGUUGUUUGGGCCACUGUGACCUAAGCGUAACACCUGAUGAGGUUUCUACAAAAGCUUCUAAAAAUUGUCAGACUCAGCUAACAUGUCCUUUGUCUUUCUAGUGUCUAGGACGUGGGCGUGAGGCUGAGGUGGGACAGUCACACCACGGUCAGGAGGCACACGUGCAGGUGAGAGCCGCAUGUCCGGAUGAAGUCAACCAGAAUCAGCAUGUUUGGGACUGAGGAGGCAAUUUUCGGCAGCCGUGACAGCCACCCUGCCAGUGGCAGCUCCGUGCUGUGCUUUGGUCAGUACCAGUACACAGCAGAAGAGUACCAGGCCAUCCAGACCGCUCUGAGGCAGAGGCUGGGCCCAGAAUACAUCAGUAGCCGCAUGGCUGGAGGAGGCCAGAAGGUGUGUUACAUUGAGGGUCACAGGGUAAUCAAUCUGGCCAAUGAGAUGUUUGGCUACAAUGGCUGGGCACACUCCGUCACGCAGCAGAACGUGGAUUUUGUUGACCUUAACAAUGGCAAGUUCUACGUGGGAGUCUGUGCGUUUGUGAGAGUCCAGCUGAAGGACGGCUCGUAUCAUGAAGACGUGGGCUACGGCGUGAGCGAGGGCCUCAAGUCCAAAGCCUUGUCCCUGGAGAAGGCGAGGAAGGAGGCUGUGACGGACGGGCUGAAGCGGGCGCUCAGAAGUUUUGGGAAUGCGCUUGGAAAUUGUAUUCUGGACAAAGACUAUCUGAGGUCACUGAACAAGCUUCCACACCAGUUGCCUCUUGAGGUGGAUUUAACUAAAGCAAAGAGACAAGACUUUGAACCAUCUGUGGAGCGAGCCAGAUACAGCAGCUGCCGACAGAGCAUGGCUCUGGGACCCCCAAAACCACCAGAGGUGCCCUCCCCUUGCAGACCAGACCACUCAGAUGGCCCCCAUGUUGUGACACUGGGGGACAAGGACAGCAGCUCCCGAAGCCUGACCUCCUCCGCCGCCGAGAGCGACGCCACACACCAGCGGAAGCUCCGGCAGAAGCAGCUGCAGCAGCAGUUCCGGGAGCAGAUGGAGAGACAGCAGCACCUGUCUGCCCCGCCGGCCAGGAAGAGGGACCAGGCGGCGCCGCUGGUGCCUCCUGCCGAGCACGGCGCCUCCGGAACUGCGGUCUCAGAGCCAGGAGCCCAGACAGACGUCCUCACAGCACUUCCUGUGCAAAGGUUACAUCCUCCUGUGUCCUCUGUCCUUGCAGACAGUCUUGAACUGUGGGACCUGGCUCCAGAUGCAGGGGACAGUGUGGUCAAGCCCUCAUCUAAACCACAACCACCGCAGACUCCUGCCACCUCAGUCCUGAAGAACCAGGUGGAGACCCAGAGCAGGACCCCACAAAGCCUUUGCCAACAGAAUCCACCAGCAAAACCUGGACCCUGGCACCUCCAAACCUAUAACCCAAACCAGCAACUAACAGGAGACUGUGACUCCUCUUGGAAGAACCAGGACAUGAAGAAAAGGAAACUGGAGCCGUCUUAACCGAGGCACCUCACUGGACUGUCACGGGGGGAUGGUCACAGACUUCGUGGGCGUGAAAUGACUCGUCGUUCCUGGGGAAUGAGCUUUACUUCCAGGCGUUUGCCUUGCUUCAUUCUGAACCUGACCAGAGGCUGCGGCUCCUGGAACCUGCUGCAGACAGAGCCCGGCGGCCGGACACGAGCACUUCACAGAAGCGUCACACGUGCAGCGGGCAGCUCUGCCAAGACAAAACCCCUCUUCUUUGGUCCUUGAGGCUCCUCACUGUUGACUGCUGAGCUGUCACAGUGGUGAAGACAGGAAUUCUAGGAGCCCCCGUGGCUCCUUGCUCCUGGGCACCAGCCUCAGCAGGACGCCGCCGAUGAGCCGAGCUCCCGCCCCGGAGGGCGGCGCGCUCCUGAUGCUGCCUCGUGCGGCUGCCGCCUUCUCCGACAGCCCCCAGUCUGCCGUUCGUGACGUCUCCUAGUCAAGGAAAUAAUCAUCUAAGACCAAAGAAAAGGCAUUUUAAGACAGCAAAAUAAAUCCUUUGUAACAUAA